AUGGCCGGUCAACUAACCCAAAGAGGAGCUCUAUCUCUCCUGCUCUUCCUCACCCCAGCAGUGACACCAACAUGGUAUGCAGGUUCGGGCUACUACCCAGAUGAAAGCUACAAUGAAGUAUAUGCUGAAGAGGUCCCACGGGCUCCUGCCCUAGACUACCGAGUCCCCCGAUGGUGUUAUACAUUAAAUAUCCAGGAUGGAGAAGCCACAUGCUACUCUCCGAGGGGAGGAAAUUAUCACAGCAGCCUGGGUACUCGUUGUGAGCUCUCCUGUGACCGGGGCUUUCGACUGAUUGGACGAAGGUCGGUGCAAUGCCUGCCAAGCCGCCGUUGGUCUGGAACUGCCUACUGCAGGCAGAUGCGAUGCCACGCGCUGCCAUUCAUCACUAGUGGUACUUACACCUGCACAAACGGUGUGCUCCUUGACUCCCGCUGUGACUACAGUUGUGCCAGUGGCUACCACUUGGAAGGUGACCGCAGCCGAAUCUGCAUGGAAGAUGGGCGAUGGAGUGGAGGCGAGCCCGUAUGUGUAGACAUAGAUCCCCCCAAGAUCCGUUGUCCCCACUCCCGUGAGAAGAUUGCAGAGCCGGAGAAACUGACCGCUCGAGUAUAUUGGGACCCGCCCUUGGUGAAAGACUCUGCCGAUGGGACUAUCACCAGGGUGACACUUCGGGGCCCUGAGCCUGGCUCUCACUUUCCCGAAGGAGAGCAUGUGAUUCGUUACACUGCCUACGAUCGAGCCUAUAACCGAGCCAGCUGCAAGUUCAUUGUGAAAGUACAAGUGAGACGCUGCCCACCGCUAAAACCGCCACAGCAUGGCUACCUCACCUGCACCUCGGCAGGGGACAACUAUGGUGCCACCUGUGAAUACCACUGUGAUGGAGGUUAUGAACGCCAAGGAACCCCCUCCCGGGUCUGCCAGUCCAGCCGCCAGUGGUCAGGAUCACCACCCAUCUGUGCCCCCAUGAAGAUUAAUGUCAAUGUCAACUCUGCCGCUGGCCUUCUGGAUCAGUUCUAUGAGAAACAGCGACUCCUCAUCAUCUCAGCUCCUGAUCCCUCCAACCGAUAUUAUAAAAUGCAGAUCUCUAUGCUGCAGCAAUGCACCUGUGGACUGGACCUGCGCCACGUGACCAUCAUUGAACUGGUGGGGCAGCCACCUCAGGAGGUGGGGCGCAUCCGGGAGCAACAGCUAUCAGCCAACAUCAUCGAGGAGCUCAGGCAAUUUCAGCGUCUCACUCCCUCCUACUUCAACAUGGUGUUGAUUGACAAGCAGGGAAUUGACCGAGAACGCUACAUGGAACCUGUCACCCCCGAGGAAAUCUUCACAUUCAUUGAUGACUACCUACUGAGCAACCAGGAGCUGAUCCAGCGCCGGGAGCAAAGGGACAUGUGCGAGUGAACGUGAGCCAGGGCAUGGAUGGAGGUCAAGGGAAAAGCUCCCCUAGUCAGCUGAAGCUGGGGCCUGAGAAAGGGAGGAAAUGAUUCCCCACGGCUCUAGCAACAGGACUCUGAGGUGGGUGAGAUUCACCAAUCCUGGGACAUUCCCAGGCCCCUUUGUAGGGCUGUGUAAUAGUCUCCCUAAGCAAGUUUCUGCUUUAAGUAGCACUCGAGGAGCAUACGAAGCUAGGCAGGGACUGGGGGCAGGUCCCGGACAAUGGGCUGUGGGGUGAAAGUCUUCUUUUCGCAACCUGGGCCUCUGCGCUGCUCUCCAAAAUCUUCCAGAUAAGUAAAUUCUCGAUUCAUU